GGCCAGGAACCACUGGCUUGUCCGCUGGCACAAAGGGUAAACAAAUCAAAUACCCGCUUCGUGACACAAGCUGGUUCGCUGCGCUUUUCUUUUUUCAUCCACAUUUUAGCAGCGUCACAGCCCAGACGAAAACAGUGAUUGGCCUAAAAGAUCUGCAGCCAGAUUUGCCAGGUACACAUACAGCAACUGAUGGCAACCGUUGCCAAGAGACCAUCCCUGCAGGGUCCGGUGCCCCCUCCUCGCAAGAAGACAGCCCCCAAGCCAGAGUUGACGGAGGUACAGAAGCAGGAGAUCAGGGAGGCCUUUGAGCUGUUUGACACUGAUGGCUCUGGAUACAUCGAUGUGAAGGAGCUUAAGGUUGCCAUGAGAGCUCUGGGAUUUGAACCAAAGAAAGAGGAGAUCAAGAAGAUGACUGGUGAAGUUGAUAAGGAUGGCACAGGAAAGAUCUCCUUUGCAGACUUCCUCACUGUCAUGACACAGAAAAUGGCUGAAAAAGACUCUAAGGAGGAGAUCUUAAAAGCUUUCCGGCUGUUUGAUGACGACGAGACGGGCAAGAUAUCAUUCAAGAAUCUGAAGAGGGUAGCCAAAGAGCUUGGGGAGAACCUGACAGAUGAAGAGCUGCAGGAAAUGAUAGAUGAAGCGGACAGGGAUGGAGAUGGGGAAGUGAACCAGCAGGAGUUCCUGCGCAUUAUGAAAAAAACCUGCCUGUACUGAAGCAAGUGGAAGGCAUUAAGGUUGGGUGGACCAGGCUGGAUCAGUGUGAGGGUGUUUUGCUGCUCAUCCAUUUAUCCAGAAAACAAAACCUUAUUAUCGUUGUAUAGUGCCAUACUUUUUUUUUUUAUCAACCAAGACAUUUAAGCUUCACAAACUACAAUCAUUACAGAAACCUUUAAAGACUUGAACAAAAAGUCUAGCAAAAUGCCAAACCAUCCUUCUUUGAGUUACAUGACAACAUACUGCCAAAACUGUAAGAGUACACCCUCUUACCUGUUAGAAUGCUGCAUUCAUUUAUGAAGGAUAUAUAUUGAUAAUAUUACAAGGGUUAUUCAUCAUGCCUGCACCAAUACAGUGACACAUAGUACAUUCCAGCGCUUUGUGUGAUACUUUGUGCAUUAUGUUAGCAGUGUCUGUUCACUUUCGUAUACUGGUGACUCCCAUUACCAUCUCAUGUUUCAGCUCUUUUAUACUGGUUUUCCUGGGAAAAUUUGCAAUGCAGUGAAGGUGUUUGUUAACCACUGACGACUGGAGAGCACUCUGUCUCAUCUCCGUGCUGCCUGUGGAUUUGUGCCUGUGCCUCUUAAAGGGGCAAUUCUCACAAUCAGGGAAGCUGCCUCUUAGCACACCAUCCUCUUGGAUCCCUCACUUACAGGCCAUUACACACUGGGUGCAUUUUUAAAAAGUGACAUAAAAUUUAGAUUUUUUUUCUGUUCCAAACUUUUCUGGGAAAUUCGUCCUCAAAACCAACAUCAAGCGAUGAUGAGUCGGUCCUGGGAGAUUCUGGGUUCAUCCAAGCUGUAUUACGACCGCUUUCAGACAUAUAUCAGGAUGUCAGUGGGGCAGUUUGAGCUCUUGUUGGCAGAGUUGGGAACACAUUCGUGAAGGCAGAGAAAAUAUUUCAGAGAGCCGACUGACCCAGAGCAGUGUCUGAGGUAAAAUACUGUUAUCUAACUAUUUGUAUAUUCAGUAGUGUGAAUGAUUAGAGGUACAGCACACUUCUUACCAAAUGUAACCCCCCCCCCAAAAAAAUCGAGCUUGUUUCAAAGAUAUAAAUGCUGCAGAUUUGUCCCGCCAAAUUAUGCUGUCAGUGUGAAUAACUGCAUUAAGAAUAGGUGACUCCGAUAAAAUAUUUUUAACCCAGGAAAUAUUCGCACAGAUUUUAUGCGUCCAGUGUGUAAAGACCUUAAGGCUGUAUAUAAAAAAACAUGGACGUAGCCUUGUGAAACCUUGUUUAGAAGCCUUCACUUGAACAAUUUGCCCAUUUCAUUUUUUAAAAAUAACUUUUUCGUCCUUAAAGACGACCUUUGAAUGCCUCCACGUAACUUUAAUGACAACUUUGACACCUCUGUAUUUAUCAAUAAAGGUGUGGUUUGACCACCUUUAAGUGGUCAAAUAGUUACCAUGCUGAUGUGAAACAUGUGUCUGAGACCCUUAUUUAAUGAGGAAGCUGUUUACUGAGCUUAUAGGUCAAAUAAGUACUACAACAGUUUGUUUAAAGACAUUUGGAACUACAAGAGCUGCCCCCAGUGGCCUGUGAAGGAAAUGCAGGCUGAAGUCAGUUUGCAUUGGCUUCCCUUUCCAUGUGCAGAAGCUGCUUCCUUGUUUUUUUAUAUACAGUUUUUGGUCCAUUCUCUUAAAGUGAUUGUUAAUAUAUUUUCUGUCAUGCUUUAGUGUGUAUUUUAUCCUCUAUAUUCCUGAAUGUUUUACAUAAUGUCUUGUGAAUUAAAUUAUAUAAACAGCACAACAGUAUUUCAGUUAAAAUUAAACCCAUUG